CUUAUAAUUCAUUCAUUUCUUCUAUCUUUCUCUCUUCGCCUUUUAGAACCAAACUUUCACACACAAAGCUACUGAAGAAAAAAUUUCUCUCUGCAAAAUCUCAGAGAAGAAAAAAAAAUGCAAGCCAUGAAUUCACUUCUAAGUCAACAACAGCAGUCACAGAUGUCACUGCAAGACCUUCAAAAUGGAGGAAAUGGCGGUUCUACCGGUGGUGUUGGUGGUUUAGGUCAACACAAUAUGGGUAACUUUCACUUUGAUCCGACGUCGUCUCACGACGAUUUUCUCGAACAGAUUCUCUCUUCUGUUCCUUCUUCUUCUCCUUGGCCUGACCUUUCCAAAUCCUGGGACCCACAUCACCAUCUCUCAUCGCCGCCGCAUAACCCUAGCUCCGGCGAAGAUCAACCUCCUUCUAAUCCACUUCACUCACAGUUCCAUUACGACGACCAAGCUUCUUCUCUACUAGCUUCAAAGCUCCGUCAGCAUCAAAUCACUGGCGGCGGCGCGGCUGCAGCUGCUAAAGCACUUAUGCUACAACAGCAGCUUUUGCUUUCUAGAACACUCGCCGGGAAUGGACUCAGGUCUCCUAAUGGAGCUUCCGGCGAUAACGGCCUCCUUUCCCUACCUCUAAACCUCAGUAAUAAUGGUGACCAAAACGACGGCGUCGCUAACCCGGCUAAUGACAAUUCCGUUCAAGCUCUUUUCAAUGGAUUCACCGGAUCUCUUGGUCAAACCUCCAAUCAACCUCAACAUUUUCAUCAUCCUCAGGGAGGAUCGAUGCAAUCGCAGAGUUUCGGAGCUCCGGCGAUGAACCAAACGCCGGCAGCAAGUGGUUCAGUUGGUGGUGGUGGAGGUUCAACGCCGGCAGCACAACCAAAACAACAACGAGUUAGAGCUCGUAGAGGACAAGCUACUGAUCCUCACAGCAUCGCUGAAAGAUUACGUAGGGAGAGAAUUGCAGAGAGAAUGAAGGCUUUACAGGAGCUGGUACCCAAUGCCAAUAAGACAGACAAGGCUUCAAUGCUGGAUGAGAUCAUCGACUAUGUCAAAUUCUUACAGCUCCAAGUCAAAGUUUUGAGUAUGAGUAGAUUGGGUGGUGCUGCAGCUGUUGCUCCCUUAGUUGCUGAUAUGUCCUCUGAGGGAAGAGGUGAAGGAAAUGUUGGGAGGGGAGGUAACGGAACGGCGGCGUCAUCUUCUAACAGCGAGACAAUGACGGUAACGGAGCACCAAGUAGCUAAAUUAAUGGAGGAAGAUAUGGGAUCGGCUAUGCAGUAUCUGCAAGGAAAAGGCUUAUGCUUAAUGCCUAUAUCCUUAGCUACAGCCAUUUCUACUUCCACCAGAAUCCCACUACUUUCCCCCGAAGCAACUUCUCCUACCUUAUCGGCUUUGACUGUUCAGUCAGCCACCAUAGGUAACGCCGCCGGAAAAGACGCCACUUCUCUAUCUGAACCUUAAAACUCUCAACUCUUAUUAACAGUUAAAAAAACCAGUUCCCCUCAACGGCUCAGAAGAGAAACAUAAACGACGCCGUAUUUGGGUAGACUUUGUUUUAAGUAAAAGCUUUAACUUAAGCUAACAAAAGGAA